AUGACACUCAUCUAUCAGAAUAAUUCGGGAUUCUGUUUCUGUAAGCAUUCGGAACGGGAAUCGAUAGGCCAACUGGUGGGCACAGAAAGAGUUGCUUUCGAAGUGUUAACUCAUUGCUUAGAACCGAAUCCACUGCGACGAUACACAGCUCGUAUGCUUGCGGAUUUAAUAGGUACUGCCACGGGGAAACCAAAGUUGUAG